AUGCUCCAGUUCCGCACCGAGGGAUUCAACGGAUCCGCCGUCAAGUACUCGCCCUUCUUCGACAACCGCCUCGCCGUCGCCGCGUCGGCCAAUUUUGGCCUCGUGGGAAAUGGCCGUCUGUACGUGCUGGAAUUGACGCCGAAUGGCAUUGUCCCGUUGAAAUUCUACACCACCCAAGAUGCCCUCUAUGAUCUCUCCUGGUCCGAAAUCAACGAGAACCAGGUCCUGGUAGCCUCCGGCGACGGCAGCAUCAAACUGUUCGACAGCGGGGUCGACGAGUUCCCCGUGCAGGCAUGGCGCGAACACAACCGCGAGGUCUUCGCGGUGCAUUGGAACCUGGUCGCCAAAGACCGCUUCUGCUCCAGCAGUUGGGACGGUACCGUGAAGGUCUGGUCGCCGCGCCGGCCGGAAUCCCUCCUCACCUUGCCCACGCACAGCUGCACCUACUCGGCCGCUUUCUCUCCUCAUUCUCCUGACAUCCUUUCCUGCGUCACGUCCGACUCCCACGUGCGCGUCUACGACCUGCGCACCCCUGCCUCCGCCAAGAACCAUCUCACCGUGCAGAUCCCCAUCCACGGCCCUGCAUCCACGCUCGUGCCGAUGAAGCCGGGCAUGGCGCCGCAGCCGGCUGCCGCUCCGCCGUCUGAGUGUCUCACGCACGACUGGAACAAGUACCGGCCGUCGGUCGUCGCCACGGGGGGCGUCGACCGGACUGUGCGGACGUUUGACAUCCGCGCGCCGCAGCAGGGACCGUUGUCGGUGAUGCCGGGCCACGACUACGCGAUCCGCAAGCUGGCCUGGUCGCCGCACCUGUCGAACCUCCUGCUCACUGCUAGCUACGACAUGACGUGUCGCGUCUGGACCGACCGGUCAGAUGCCCCGGGGGAUGCUGACCCGAUGCGCGGGGGGCCGAGUCCGAUUCUGGGCGAGGAACUCGGCCGGAUGGGACACCAUACAGAGUUCGUCACCGGUGUGGACUGGUGUCUGUUUGGUGCGGAGGGAUGGUGUGCCAGUGUGGGGUGGGACGAGCGAGUAUUCGUCUGGGAUGUGCGGGCGUUUAUGAAUCGCCCAUUGUAG